AUGUCAGACAACAUGGGUGACAAGAUGGAGCCCUGUAGGACACCACAGGUCAAUUCCCAUGGCGCCGAACAGUGGCUCCCAAUUGUCACCGCUGGACACAGCCCCAUAGGUAGGAGCAGAAUCACUGCAAUGCAGUGCAGCGCAUGCUAAGUUUUAUGAGAGUGUCAUGAUUAUUCUGCUGUCUUUUGCCAUUCUUAUUGUUUUUCCGUUCCUUUUAUACACCACUUUGAUUCCUUUUAAUAGUAAGGUGGCUUAUAAAUGUUUUAAAUAAAGAGCCACGGAUACUGCAGAGAAGUGGCCAAAAUCAAAUAUUAAUACUUUUAAAACCUAAAAAAAAUAAAUGCAGCCCACUAUCCCAUUCCAUUCCAUUAAAUGGCCAUGUUGAUUUAUGAAUAAGAGAUGUGUUGCUAUAAAAGAGAAAGUGUAAGUGAAAUUUAAGUAAUCUGAGGCUCUCACAUAUCCCCUGAGAAUCUAAGUUUGGAAGUCAUGCUUAUUAUUGUUUAUUAAUCAUGUAUAGAGGCUGUCAGCAGCAUUCUUAGGAAAGGUCAUUACUGCACAGAUAGUGAAGGGGGGGAGGGUCUCUGAGUCUGUGAGCCAAAAUGAUAGGACCAUAUUUGUGUAUGGCUUGGAUUUAGUGAAUUAUGGCUAGCCUAGUGAAUACAGUAUCAAGGCUGUUUUUAAGUUGGCAAACGUGGCAGACCUGUGCAGUACGUCACCGAUUUGUCAGAAAUAUUCUUCGAACCACCACAGACCAGCAGCAUGGAGACAAUCAGCCAGGCCAAAUUUUGAGCUGGAAAUUCACCAUUUCACUAUCCUCAAAUUAUCCAGAUGAUCACCAAGGUUCAUAGACAUGUACCAACCCCCACCCCACCUGUAGGAUUUUUUAUUAGUAUUAUCAUUCAUUGCAAUUGGUGGGUUACUUCUUUUUUAUAUAACAAAAAGUAACCCAAAGCAACUCACAAAAAUAGCACAAAGGUUGGAAUGCAUAUAAAAACCAAAACAAACUGAAAACCCCAAAACACGGCAUUCUUGGCAGUGGUGCUCUCCCUGUGGAAUGCCCUCCCUUCAGAUGUUAAGGAGAUAAAGAACUACACAACUUUUAGAAGACAUCUGAAGGCAUCCCUGUAUAGGGAAGUUUUUAAUGUUUGAUGUUUUAUAUGUGCUGGAAGCCCCCCCAGAGUGGCUGGGUACAAAUAAUAAAAUUAUUAUUAAUUGUUAUUACUAAAAAGGCAGGUCAAAUGCAUCCCAGCUGCUGAAAGGAGGCCACAAAAAUCUAAAACCCUCCAGUUUAAGGGAUGAAAGCCUAGGUAAAAAGAAAGAUUUUUGCCAGCUGAUAGUGGUGGCGCCAGGAAUGCCUCCCUGGGGAGAGCAUUUCAUAAGAAGGGCUCAUUCUCAUGUUGCCAGCCUCCGAACCACCCUUGGAGGGGGCAUGGAAAGAAGGCCCUCAGGUGCUGAAUGUAUCUUCAGUUUCCAAAGCAGUGCUGUUUAUUCAAACUGCAGAUUAGUUCAGGCGAUUGCUGCAAAUGCAUUCAAAUGUAUGAGAUUUUGCUCUGCUGUAGGGCAUUGUUUCAAGAGUCAUGCAAGUUGUUUUUGAGGCCUGUAGACUUACUUUGGGGGCAGUGGAUGAUAUAGAUCUCACGUUCCGCAGCACCCAAACCAAGUAUAGUCAGUUUGCAUUGCACUGACUUGUGUUACACAACCAGGUACUAAAUAACAUCCCCUGAGUUCAUAUUAGUUCACAGCCAUUUGGAAAGAUUACUACUCUCAAUCUGGUGGUCACUACUUAAGCAAUGUUUAAUAAUUAGUUCCAGGAAAUGUGUUAAAUGGACACAUGUAUUUAUAACUUACAUAACACAUUGGGCAUUUCAAAAAUUAGGGCAGCUCAACAAGGAGAGGCAGAGAGAGAGAGAGACUCUUUUAACACAACCUAGUUACUUCAUUUCCUUUCCUUUCCACUGCUGGCAACCUGUCAUGAUUGGAUUGCAAAAUAUAUUUGCACGUUAAGAGUCAAACCGGUCCCCACAAUAAUAGGAGUAAAAUGCUGAAGUAUUAGCAGGCACCAGCCUUUAUUGUUAGCAAAUAGUAAAAUGCUCAUCACGAUGGUGGUCAGUGUGUUAAGUGGUUUUCUGGGGACAGGACUGCUAACCACAGUUCAUAGGAUGCUUCAAAUCCAUGUAAAUAUUCAUGCAAACAUUUCAUAGGAUGCAGAGCAAAUCAGACGCUGGCAUCGUUUGGAUUCUGGUGCACCAUUUUUAUUUCAGCAAGCAUUUCCGGAACAUUCUUUUUUAUCUGGCCACUUUUAAUACUCUGCUUUAUUUUAUGACGUAUGUUGUUUUGUAUUUUAUUUUGUUGUAAGUUUCUUAGAGAUUUAUGGUUAUAGGUGAUUCAUAAGUAAGUGUCUGCUCGCCCUGUGCAAAAUUGGCUGUGCAUUCAUGCUCACUUGUGCACACACACAAACCCUUGUCAGCAAAGGCAAGAUAGGUUUUUGCUUUCAUUUCAUGUGCAUCAUGCCUGUGAGUAGUAGUAUUAUGAACAGCAUCAUCGACUUAUUAAUUUCCUUGUAAAUAGCCAUCUCAAGGAGAUUUACACAUAAGAUAACUAAAAGCAGUUAACAUAGUGUCUUUAUAUGCACUAUGGGGCAUGACACUGUCAUCACAGCAGUGACCCAUGUUCCUUAAAAGUGGGGAUUAAUGUCUAUUAGACAUGAACAUCUGUGUUAGGAGGCAGCACGCCACUGAAUCAUAGUUGCUGGGAAGGAAAGGCAAGAGGAGUCUAUUGCCUUCAUGCUGUGUUUGUGGGUUUCCCAGGAACCUGAACUAUAGAAGUGAAUGGUUGCUAUUGUAUUUCCUAUGGGGGAAAAUGAAAGGAUGUAAUGGAAGACAUAAGUGGGGAGGGGGCUAAACCUGCCCUGUAGUGAUGAUCCCAGUUACUCUAGCAUCUGAGAAUUGUGCUUAUUCCCAUUUUGGAUAGCCUCAUCUAUCUGCCUGAUCAUCCCCCAUGUUAUUUUUCUUAUAGUGUGAUGUAAUCUGAGGAAUAUAAAAAAAGAAUGUGGCUGAUGUUAAGUCUUUUGGCUAUUUUAACCAUUUCCCUUAUUGCCUUGAUGCAAGAGACAGACAGACAGCUAGAUAGAUAUGGUAUGAUCUGUCAGGUGACCAGAGAGAUGCUAACUGGCAUGCUAUGUUGUGUCCGUUUCGCCCACAAAGGAAAGAAGAAUUCGCUUCUGCUGCAAAAAUUCCAAAAAGAUCUCAAUACUGGUGUCUUCAACAACCAGGAGAGCGAAAUUUUGAAACAAAUAGUGAAACACGACCGGGAGAUGGUGCAGGCAGUCGGGACGGCAAAUCUGCAGCAAAUGCCAGCCCUGAAUUCGAGUCCUUUGACCACUGCCCCCUCGAUGCAGAUGAGGACUCAAUCCCCGCCUGUGUAUUCUGUGAUGAGCCUGAAUUCUCCAACGCCGAGCACACAGACGCCUCAGCAAGCUACCGUUUUCUCCCCCUGCUCCUACCCUUCCGCAGUCUGCAGCCCACCGGUACAAAGCCCUUUAGCCGGCCGAACUUUUCAGUAUGCAACGCCUACAGCUUCACAGUUGUCGCUGCUGCAGCAGCAGCAACAGCAGCAACUGCAGCAGCAGCAACAGCAACAGCAGCAGCAGCAAAUGCCUAGUGGGUCACAGAAGAGUGAUAUCCACAAGAGUACGCAAGCUCUUCACAAUGCUAGUCUGACGAGAGAGGUGAGACCCCUCUCUGCCUCUCAGCCUUCAUUACCCCACGAGGUUUCCACUAUGAUUUCUAGACCUCACCCGACAGUGGGAGAAUCUUUAGCCUCCAUUCCACAGCCCGUCUCCAGUUUCCAAAGCACAGGCAUCCAGGCUGGGAGCAAAGGCACUGUCCCCCAAAGAGUGGCCCUCUUCCGCCAGAUGUCUUCAGGAGCAAUUCCACCUACGCGAGGGCCCACGCCACCAGCUGCCACGCUGCAAAGGGAUUCUUCCGCAGUCUUAAGCACGGAACUAGAGGGCGAUAAACCACGGUUUGCUUCAAACUUAUGA